AUGACCAUGACCAACCCUGUGCAAGAUGUGUCGAACAAAGCCCUCGAUGCCGAGAAGGGCGUCGAGAACAAGGUGCCCCAAGAAGUGACUGAUACGGUCAAGCAGGGCGCUAGUGAGCUGACGAGCUCGGAGAAGGAGAAGCCGUCCACGGAGCAAGAACGCCCGAACAACGUGACCAGCCCCGUGGCCAGUGACGCCAAGGCGGCCGCGCCGGAAAGCGCGCCCACAGCUGCGCCAAGCACGCAAGAGCCUGCCAUCGACGCGGGUGAGCGUGUGACGGAGCACACGACGGUGUACACCGAGGCCACGCCUCAGGUCCUCGAGUCGGAGAACCACCACGUCGUGACGGAGUCGGUGCCUAUCACCCACACGAGCAUCCCUGACUACAACGAGCGUGCGACGGCUGCGCCCCCGAUUGUGGGAUCGGAUCUCUACUCGAUCCUCCGCGACUCGAGCCAGCAGCGCUCGAUGGACUACACCAAGACUCAGACAGCUGCUCCUACGGCGUCCGGUGCGGUGCAGAGUGGCGUGCCCUCUUACCUCCAAAACUCGUCUCAAGUGCCUGCUACUUCGACGGCGGCCGCUGUGCCGGCUCCAAAGAGCCUCGAGCAGUUUGAGCCCACGGACGAGCAGGCCUGGUCGGUGCGUGGUCCCGCUUCGUCGGUCCAGUCGCGUGGUCCCGCUGACCUGGCGAAGAACACGAGCGCCAGCACGGCUGGUGCUGCUGCUGGCGCGGGCACCGGCGGUGUUGCUAGCCAGGUCGGCAAGUCCGGCGAGGCUGUCCAAGGUGCGCAAAACAAGCUCGGUGAGUCGGCCAAGGAAGUGGGUGGCAAGCCUGGCAACGCUCUCGAGGGCGCCAAGGACAAGGUGGGCGACGUGAGCAAGAAGCCUGGUGACGUGGCCCAGCAGGCUGAGAGCAAGGCUGGCGACGUCAAGAAGCAGGGCACGGAUGCUGUCGACGAGGCCAAGAAGGCUGGCAAGACCCAGAAGAAGGGCCUGCUCCAGAAAAUCAAGAAGGCGCUCAAAAUCGGCAAGGACUACAAGUAA